AUGCAAACAGCGCCCAUGGACUUGACUAGCAUCAGCAAAGAGGCAUUUGCCUUCGAAACCUUCCUGCUUGCCAUUGAUAGCGAAGUUGAUUCCACAUAUUCUACCGAGAAUGGUCAGAUUGCGUCUGCCACGGGCACCGUUCUUGAACAUCUCGUUCGGACGAUUCGAGCGUCUAGCGACGAGGUCGAAGUGGCAACGAAGUUAAUUCUGGUUCCUCAUGGAGGGUAUCUCUGUAGGGGAGAUAUUCUCGACUUGAGGUUGCGGGAUUCUGAAUAUGUGGAGUCGGUCGUUCAAUUCACGAGUCCGGAUAGUGGCUUUUCGCCUAUUCCGGGCCAGGGAGACAAGUCUCUUCUGGCCUUUUUGCCUUCUUCUCCCGGGGCAUUCCUCCUGAAGAAAGUUAAAAGACUGACCGCAGAGAUGCUGGAGGAAGACUUGAAAGUCCGAUUGUCUUUUGAUUGGAUACUUCCAACUAAGCCAACCCGACGCAAAAUUGCUAUGGUAGGUGGGCGUCCGGCGUUCAACAUCACCAAAGGAUCAUUCGGUCAUCAGGGAGCAUACGAGGCCACUAAAGCUCUCGAUAUAUCUAUGGUUAUCCUUGAUCACCCAGGACAUUGGCUCCAAGAUGAGAAGUAUUCUUAUAUACGGGAUGGCUUCAUUGCCAUUGAUGUGACUGAUGAUGCGGGGCUUCCUGGAAGGAUUGUCGAGGCAUUGAAAGGAAAAGGAUUCGAUGGUCUCCUGACAUUGUCAGACGAAUUUGUUAUCCCGACUGCCAAAGCAGCCGAAACCUUGGGUCUUCCAACUGAACCUAUAGCGUCAUUCCUGCAGGCUCAUAACAAGUACGAGGCACGAAAAUUACUCAGUCCCAAUAUCCAGAGUCUACUCGUGAACAGUGUAGCGCAACUGGAGGACUUGGCCGUAGCUGCACAGUUGCAAAAUUUCCAGUACCCCUUGAUUGUGAAACCAUGUCGGGGUGGCGGUUCCCGAGGGGUAAAGAAAGCCAAAGAUCCUUCGAGCCUCCAUCAAGCCGUAAAACAGCUGGAAGAGACUGGGCUUUCGAAACACGGCAUUUUGAUCGAAACCUACAUUGAUGGUCCAGAGGUGGAUGCCAAUUUUGCUCUUUGGGAUGGAGACCUUCUCUUCUGUGAGAUAUCAGAUGAUUUUCCAUGCCAAGCAGACGCAAUAGAUGCUUCGGUGGCCGACAAUUUCGCGGAGACAGUGAUGAUCCUACCGAGCCUACUAGAUCCGGAAGAGCUACAGGACAUUCAAACGUCACUAUACCAAGGCCUCCUCAAGCUAGGAUUCCGCUCAGGCGUCUUUCACCUCGAAGCCCGAGUGAAGAACUCCUCCAUGCGGUAUCAGGAGACCGAUGGCGUGAUCGAACUUGCCCACACGGGAUCAAACGCGAGCUCCAAGCCGGAGGUGGUUUUGAUCGAGGUCAAUGCUCGGCCACCUGGUCUACAGGCCAUUUUUGCGGUUGCCUACACCUUCGGGGUGGAUUACACUGCCCUCCAAAUCCUUCGGGCUCUCGACGAUCGCGAGCGCUUUGCCGCUUUAGCUCAACCUUUCGCCCCUCAUAGCCAGUACCAUUGUGCUUCAGCAACUGCCGGAAAUCGCGCCCCACGUGACUAG